UCUCUGCUCUUCUAUGGGAGCGAUGAGUUGGUCUGUAGAGACUUCUGUAUUAUUUGAUCGGGUAUAGGCAGGUAUAGGCCUGUCAUCGUUUUCAAGCCUCGUUUAAGGGAAUUAAAAGUUUUGAAUCAGAAAUCAUAACAAAAUGGCACGGCGUUAUGAUACCCGUACUACCAUUUUCUCACCUGAGGGGCGAUUGUAUCAAGUGGAAUAUGCUAUGGAAGCCAUAAGUCAUGCCGGUACUUGCUUAGGAAUCUUGGCAAAUGAUGGUAUCCUAUUGGCUGCAGAACGCCGCAAUACCAAUAAGUUAUUGGAUGAAGUCUUUUUCUCUGAAAAGAUCUAUAAAUUGAACGAUGAUGUAGUUUGUUCUGUUGCGGGUAUUACUUCGGAUGCUAAUGUGCUUAUAAAUGAGUUACGGUUAAUUGGACAACGAUAUCUCUUACAAUAUGGAGAAACAAUUCCAUGUGAACAGCUUGUGUCAUGGUUAUGUGAUGUCAAACAAGCAUAUACACAGUAUGGUGGAAAGAGGCCAUUUGGAGUAUCUAUCCUAUACAUGGGUUGGGAUCGACAUUAUGGUUAUCAAUUAUAUCAGUCGGAUCCAAGUGGCAAUUACGGAGGCUGGAAAGCAACGUGCAUAGGUAAUAAUUCUGGUGCCGCGGUUUCUUCAUUGAAACAGGAAUACAAGGAAGGUGAAACUACAUUGAAAGAUGCAAUGGCUCUUGCGAUUAAAGUUCUAUCUAAGACCCUUGAUAUGAACAAAUUAUCUGCUGACAAAGUGGAAAUGGCCACAUUAACUCGAGAAAAUGGCAAGACAAAAACUAGGAUUUUAUCUCCUAAAGAAGUUGAGGCACUCAUCGCUGAACACGAACGUCUAGAAGCCCUUGCCGAGCAAGCCAAGAAAGAAAAGCAGAAGUUGUAAAUUUUUAAGGUGAUUUGUCGAUUUUUAUAAGAAUUGUUUCCUUCACUCAAAGCAAGGUUAACAGCUAAACAAGCAGAAAGCAAGAUUUCUGGUGUAGUAGAACUUACUAUAAGAUCAUGCAAGUUUGCUUCGUAUGAUAAAGAGAUCCUGCUGGAAUAAAAAAUGACAUAUGAAUUUUGAAA